AUGACCCAAGAGCAGUAUAUCCUUGCAGCCCAGCCCAACCCGCUUCACCAGCGAGGGGCAUCAGUUUGCAGCAACCAGGUUUACCCAGCAGUGGGCAUCUACGGUUGGAGGAAGAGAUGCUUGUACUUUUUCAUCCUCCUCCUCCUUGUCACUAUGAUUGUCAAUCUGGCCCUCACCAUUUGGAUCCUGAAAGUCAUGAACUUCACGCAGGAUGGUAUGGGGAAUCUGCGAGUGACCAAGGAGGGAGUCAGACUGGAGGGAGUGUCAGAAUUCUUAUUGCCUUUAUAUGUCAAAGAGAUCCAGUCACGUAGGGACAGUCCACUGAUCCUCCAGUCAGACAGAAAUGUGACUGUCAAUGCUAGAAAUGAUCAGGGACAGUUGACUGGUCAGCUGACUGUGGGCUCAGAAAUGGUGGAGGCUCAGUGUCAAAGGUUUGAGGUGAGGAGCGCAGAUGGUGAGAGAAUUCUUUUCUCUGCAGAUGAAGAAGAGAUCAGCAUCGGUACUGAGAAACUAAAAGUCACAGGGAAUGAAGGAGUGGUGUUCAGCCAUUCUGUAGAGACAUCACAUGUAAGGGCUGAGCCUUUCCAGGACCUCAAGCUGGAGUCCCCAACUCGGACCCUGACCCUGGAGGCUCCCAGAGGGGUGGAAGUCAGUGCUGGUGUGGGAGACUUCACAGCAUCAUGCAGAAAAGACCUCAUCUUGCAGUCCUCAGAUGGAGAGAUCUUUCUUGAUGCCAACACAAUCAAGCUGGGCAACAUUCCUCUUGGUAGUGCUGUGGACCCACUGGAAGGAGCGCCUGCAGGCACCACCUAUACCAAACAGACUGUGUUCGAGCUGUGUGCUUGUGCUAAUGGCAAGCUCUACUUGUCCCCUGCCGAAAAAGGCUCUACAUGCCAAACGACCAGUAACUUUUGUCUCUGGAGUUGAAAACGGGAGGCUAACAGAUACACAGGACAUAUGGACUAUAGAGUUUGAAGCUAACGCUAGCCAAGAAACUGAAUCAAUGCGGAUAACAGCUUGGAGAGGAGCUUCUGCCAGCUAAGAGGCAUGGACUGGAGUGUGGCAAGAAGUUCAUGUAUGUUUAGCAGACGAAUUACAUGGUUUCCAACUUGGCAGAAUCAAGUGGUUGCUAACAGACCAAAUCAACAUGGAUUGUUGUAGCUGUGUCAGCUAAAGGACUGAACCAACAUGGUCUAGAGCCUUGGUGAGGUUAUUGCCAUCUCACCAACCAAAUCAAUGUAGACUGGUCAGUAGCCAGUGCAGUUAAAGAGGAUGGAAGACUUGACAAGAUGUAAAGGUGGCUCGAUACCAAGACAUCUCAUGGACAAGAAUAGCAGCAUUAG